AUGACUUCGUUAAUGCAAUCUAUAAUAUUUCGUCUUAAACUGGCACAAGUAAUUCUUUCUUUUGGAAGUAUCAUACCAGUGUUCGCCGAAAUAUCUGUUACAUAUUUCCAGUUCACUUCAGAUUUCGUGUACCUAACGCUGUACAGCUACUUGGGAAUUGGUAUUAUCACUCUGGUGAGCUUAUGUAUAGCAGAACCAGUCUCCGACAAAUUGGCUCUAUACUCUUCGGGCCUGGCCGUGGUCCUGCACCUGAUAUCGACGUUUUUCAUCAUCAAAGACGUGCUCGGCUACGAUGAGUUAUGGGGAUUGCGGAUCAUCAGCGGACUGUGUACCGGAGGAAACACCGUGGCCUACGGAUGGGAAGUGUUGUACUCGACGAAAUUCAUACAUCAUUAA